AUGCGUUUCCAAUCCGUCGCUAUCUUGACCGGCGCUACUGCCGUGGCUGCUGGCAACACUGCCAACCUUCUGCUGCCCGGCUUUGCCGGCAAGGACUUGCAGGCUGGUAUUGUCGAGUCUAACGGUGACGCGACUACCUACAAGAUCACCUGCCCCCAGACUGUCGCUUCCGAUGCUUGUGGAAUCGCUGGUGAGGGUAUGACCGCCAUCGCUGCCCCGACUUCCAUGCAGCUGAAGAACAUCAACCUGCAGGGAACCACUGGAACCCUGUCCUGCAACAUUGCUGGCACCACUUACGCCUCCUGCCAGGCCUCUGCUGGCACCGUGACUCCCUCAGGAACUCUCAACUCUGACAGCCUGAACUGGAUGCCCGUGACCGUUACCGGCCCCUGCUCCACCAGCACCCCGACUCCUACGUCGACUGCUACCCCGACUUCAACUGCUACCCCCAGCAGCACUGUCUUCGAGACCUCCACCUCCAGCGCUACUCCUAGCUCCAGCGCUAUCUCCUCCCCCAAGGUGUCUUCCUCGGUUGCCGCCUCUUCUUCCGCUUCCCACUUGAUCACCUCCACCCCUCUGGUGGCCGCGCCCACCACUGGAGCCGUGAUCUCUGGAUCCAGCGCUCCCGCCGCUUCCUCCACUGCUUUCAACGCCGCUGGCCAGGUCGCUACCAGCUUCUGGACCGUCGGCGGUGCCUUCAUGGCUCUGGCUUGCGCUUUCGCAUAG